ACCCGCCUGAGCCCCCUGAGGCGGGCUCUGGGCUCCGGUCUCCGCCUCGCCCCGCAGCUCCCCCUCGCCCGGGUUAUUUUCAGAGCAGGAACUGGCGAGCGGCGGGGCUGCGUGCUAGAAACCCGGAAACACCGGCAGGGCGCGAGAGGCGGGAGGGGGCGGCGGCAGCGCCGAGCUCACGUUACAGCCCGUCUGCAGCCGCUGCUCCAGCAGCAGGAGCAGCCCCGGGCGCGGGGAGCCGGGGCCGGGCGCGCUGCAGCCGCUGGGCAACAGGUGCCGGGGCCGGGGCCGAGCCAUGAGCGGCGCGGGGCAGGAGCAGGAGUUUGACUUCGAUUUCCUCUUCGAGUUCACGCAGAGCGACGAGUGCGGCGGGGGCAGAGAACACUAUAAUUAUGCAACUCCAAAUGUAAAUGCAGGUUUGCCUCUAAAUGUGGCACAUUCCUCAUUGUCAGCUCCAUGUCAUGGCCUUCAGACAACCAAUCCAGUCAUUUCAAUUGUCCCAUCAACAAAUCAUCCUUCUGGAUAUGGAGGACAUAUUGACAGUGUGGCCUCUGAAUAUUAUCUGUCUCCAAAUGUCAGACCUAAUGGAGCUCCAGCAUUAGAAAGCCCUAGAAUUGAGAUAACUUCUUAUCUGGGACUGCACCAUAACAACAACCAGUUUUUCCAUGAUGCUGAGGUUGAGGAAGCUAUCCCAAAUGCUAAAAGAUCACCUUCUACUGCUACUUUGAACUUACCAAACAUCGAGGCUUAUAGAGACCCAUCUUGCCUGAGUCCAGCAAGUAGCUUGUCUUCCAGAAGCUGCAAUUCUGAAGCUUCCUCCUAUGAAUCCAAUUAUUCUUAUCCAUAUACUUCACCGCAGACAUCCCCAUGGCAGUCACCAUGUGUGUCUCCUAAGACCACUGACACUGAGGAAGGAUAUCAGCGCAGUAUGGUGGCCUGCACUUUACUUAAUUCACCAAGACAUUCUCCAUCUACAUCUCCCAGAACAAGCAUUACUGAGGAAAACUGGUUAAGUACUCGCAACUCCAGACCACCAUCUCCUUGUAAUAAAAGAAAAUAUAGUCUAAAUGGUAGACAGACCUCCUACUCACCACACCACUCUCCAACACCCUCUCCUCAGAAUUCUCCUCGGGUUAGUGUAACUGAUGACACAUGGCUGGGAAACACUAACCAGUACACCAGUUCUGCUAUAGUUGCAGCUAUCAAUGCCCUUACCACUGACAGUACGAUAGACAUGAAUGAUGGGAUUCCUAUUAAGUCUAGGAAGACUGCAAUAGAUCAUACCCCAUCCAUGACACUCAAGACUGAACCAACUGGUGAGGAUCCUGGGACCAUAUCACCAACUGCUGACUUGUCACCAGAAGAGUUUUCUGGGUUUCAGCACAUCAGGAAAGGAAACUUCUGUGACCAGUACCUUUCUGUGCCACAGCACACAUAUCCAUGGGUCAAACCAAAGUCUCUGACUCCUGCAUCCUACAUGAGCCCAUCCCUGCCUGCCCUUGACUGGCAGUUGCCAUCUCACUCAGGACCUUAUGAACUUCGGAUUGAAGUGCAGCCGAAAUCUCAUCACAGAGCUCAUUAUGAGACGGAAGGAAGUCGAGGGGCUGUGAAGGCAUCUGCUGGGGGACAUCCUAUUGUGCAGCUACAUGGUUACUUAGAAAGUGAGCCACUCACGCUACAGCUGUUCAUUGGGACUGCAGACGACCGCCUGCUGCGACCCCAUGCCUUCUACCAGGUUCAUCGAAUCACAGGGAAGACCGUUUCUACCACCAGCCAAGAAACAAUACUUUCCAACACCAAAGUCUUGGAAAUUCCACUCAUGCAAGAAAACAACAUGAGAGCAAUCAUUGAUUGUGCCGGAAUAUUAAAACUUAGAAAUUCAGACAUUGAACUACGAAAAGGAGAAACAGACAUCGGAAGGAAGAAUACACGAGUGCGGCUAGUCUUCCGAGUUCAUAUCCCACAAGCCAAUGGGAGAACUCUUUCUCUGCAAGUAGCGUCCAAUCCUAUUGAGUGUUCCCAAAGAUCUGCCCAAGAACUGCCUCUGGUGGAAAAGCAAAGUACUGACAGCUUUCCUGUGAUUGGAGGGAAAAAAAUGAUACUUUCUGGCCACAACUUUCUGCAAGACUCCAAAGUCAUCUUUGUGGAGAAAGCACCAGAUGGUCACCAUGUGUGGGAAAUGGAAGCCAAAACUGACAAAGAAAUGUGUAAGCCAAAUUCAUUGGUUGUGGAGAUCCCACCUUUCCGAAAUCAGAGGAUAACCAGUCCUGUUCAGGUCAAUUUCUAUGUCUGCAAUGGAAAGCGAAAGAGAAGCCAGUACCAGCUUUUCACCUAUCUUCCUGCUAAUGUUCCAAUUAUAAAAACAGAACCCACUGAUGACUAUGAACCUGCUCAAACCUGUGGACCAAUGAACCAAGGAUUAAACCCUCUCUCUAAACCAUACUACAGCCAACAGAUCAUGAUGCCUCCUGAUCCUGGUUCGUGCCUUGUGGCUGGCUUCACUUCCUGUCAGCAGAGAAACACUGUGAUGUCAUCCUCUCCCAACUCAAGUCCCAAGCUGCAUGACCUUUCAUCUUCUGCUUACAAGUGCAUCACCACCCCAGGUCACGGUCACCUAGGACUUCAGCAGCCCACUGGAGGUGUCCCCACCAUACAGGAAGUGCCAAGGCCUAUAGUUGUGCACCCAAGCUCUCCAGAUCAGUCAUCUCACAUCAUGCUGCAGCCGCAGGUGAGUCAACAUCUGAGCAGUAGCUGUUCCCUUGGUUACCAACAAACACUCUAUCCCAACAGUCCCUCUUCUCCAGUUCCGUCUGUUACCCAAGAGCCAACCUAUUUGCAGUCCUGCAGUCCAACUCACUCAUCCAUAAUGGGUCAGCAGCAGCACCAACUGCCGAAGGUUCAAAGAAAUGAAUCUCCAACAAACCAACCACUGUCAUUGCCAGAGUUGCAUGAGGACAGUAAUCAUAAUUUGGCCCCUAUUCCUGUAACCAUCAAGAGAGAACCUGAGGAAUUGGACCAGAUGUACCUGGAUGAUGUAAAUGAAAUUAUAAGGAAUGACCUUUCCAGCACCAAUGUCCAUUCAUAGCUUGCAAUAUUGGACUAGUUUGCAACCCACACACUUUUAGCUCAGCUGAUAUAUCAGCUACAGCACAGUUACUAAAAAAACUGAAGAUAUUACCUGGUACCACUCUGAUCUUCCACCUUACUGAAUGUUAGGAACUGAAGAUUUACCUCUUGCUUACAAAGAAGUAGUUCUUCGACCUCAACUGAUGAAAUAUCUUCUUUAAAGAAAAUCAUCUCAAGAGGAAAAAAAAGGGAGGGAAUAAACUGUUAAGAUGGCGCAUUUUUCUGGGAUAAAACUAGGAAACCCAGAACCGAUCCUUUUGGCACCACUGGAAUACAUCCCUGGAAGUGCCUUAUUUUACCAGAUUGUGGCAUCAGGGCAUUUUUUAAUAGGCUUUGAGUUUGCUACCAUAAAAGGUAUUGGUGGGUGCAGAACCUAUAAAGCUUGCAAUUCUGGAAACGGAUGUUUUAAAAAUCAAAGGACUGCCUAUUGGAGGGGAAAGACACCCCUACUGAGAGUAAAAUACCUUUGUGAAUUCCAGAAUUUCUUCAGCUUUUUCUCUGCUGUAAUAUACAGCCUGUUGCCUUAUUCUCAGUGCAUUUCAAGAGCCUCCCAAUUUGUCAUCUCAGCUCUUUCUUUUUUCAUACUGUCUAUAUUAUGUGCUAAUGAAUCAUAGGAUUGUUAGUAGUAGCAUGUUAAGAUUUUGAUUUUAAUCAGGCUUCAGUCAUAGCACAAGUAAGUUGAGUAGCACAAAGUAAUAAGGUUGAUGGACAAAAAAUGAAAUCUAUCUAUUACAUGAUAGAUGUAUGUGUAUGCAUGUACAUACAUACUAGUAUAUAUGCAUAUAUUUAUAUAUGACAAAUAAUAUAGAUGACUGCCUGCUGAGGGCACUGAAUUUAGCAAUAAUUUCCAUUACUGAGAACACAUUUCAGAUCCAAAACAAAUGUUUCAGCUACUUCAGUUGAGGGUCUGUUGCACCUAUGACAGGUAUACAUUGUCUUUCCUCAUGCAGUUAAGCAAGCACUUUAGAUAGUCAAAAAAGAUGCAUACAAAAUACAUAUUAUUUACCAAAUGGAAAAAUAUGAACUAAUGUAAUUGUAAAUACUAGUACGAAAGAGUGUAAAAUAUUUGUUCAGUUAUAAGUUUAUUCCACAGAAGCCUUAUAACUCUCUGCUACAUGUACAAAAAAAAAUAUUACCAAAAAAACAAAAGUUUCAUAAGCAGCGCUGUAUAGUAUGUUUUCUGAUUAGCUAACAUUCACAGAGCACAGAUAGGCAUGUAGUGUAGCCUUUAACAUUGUAUUUUGUAAAAUCAACAGCUUAUUAUAUAACUAACAACAUUCUAUUAUUUCAUAUAACCCAAAAAAAAAGCAUGGUUUAAUUUAAAACUGUUUAACAUUAAUAUUGUGCCUUAGGAAUCAAUGCCCCCUUCUGGAAAUAUGCCUAAACUACACCUCCAUACUGAGGUGGCAACUAUUUAGCCUCAACGUAAUGAGAAUUGAACAUGUUUCACAGGAAGUGAAAAACUCCUAAACAUAUUAAAAUAUUCUGUACAAUUAUGUCUUACUUUCUUUUCUUACACAAAAUAAAAGCCAUAUUUGUCACAUUUGCACAUUACUGUGAAGACAUCAGAAUAUAAUAUGGCGCUAUGUACAUAUUAUGCUGUUAUUGGUCCUAAUAGUAAUCUGUUAUUCCCCACCUGUUUAAUCCAAGUUAUUCACCCUGUAUUAGAAUUGUAGAAGUUGCAUGAAAAAAUUCAUAUAGACUGCCAUAUAAAAAAAAAAGUUUGACAGAUGUCAGCUUAAUGUGUAGCUAGAAAUUAGAUCUAAUAAAGCAAAAUGUUUUGCUGGAAGCUAGUCUUAGAGUGGUUCAUUAUAUGUUAUCUUGACAAAUCUUCCUCUCAUAUAAAAUAAGCAUUUUCUCAUUAUAUGCAUACAUACAUACAUACGUAUAUAUGUAUGUAUCUCACAAUUGCUUCUAUUUGAAGCUGUUUGCAUCCCGUUUCAUCCUGCUAAUAUAAUCAUCUUAAUAUGGAGGUAAACAUAUCUUCUCAACAGAAUCACUCCUUUUUUCCUUUCCCCCGAACUCCCUUCACAUUUAAAAACAUUGCUGCCAAGGAGUGAAACUGAUAUAUGGUAUAAUCUCUGCUUGUGUUCUGUCUACUUCAGAAAUGUCAAGAAAGCAUGAGUGGAGGAGCCUCUGGAUAUGCCAAAGCAUUUUUUAUUCAUUUAGAGAAAUAUCCGGGGUGAGGCUUUGACCACACACAUAUACACACACAGCACAGUGUUUGCAUUUCAGCAAUAAUUUGAGCAAAAUAAUCAACUGUAUAUUUUAGAUAUGUUGCACCAACUCUGUCAGUUUUCUUCAAGCUAUUUUAAAAACAAAAUCUGUUACUUUUAAGCCUGACUAAUGGAAGAUUAUGCAUAUCUUGUAUAUGUAUUCAUAAAAUAAAAAAGAAAAGCAUAAUUUGUCCCCUUA